GAAUUGCAAAAAUUUUCAUAAAUAGCCAGUUGGUAAUUAUAAUAAUCAUUUUUGUUUUCAUUCGUUGAAUGUAGUUGAUCCAAUAUGAAGUUGAUGCUUAUAUUUUUACUGGUUAACCUGAUGUGCAUAUCGGGGCACUUUUUAAAGAAGAAAAGUGAAAAAUGCAGUAAACACGGUUCAAGGUCAAUAGGAUCGAAGACAACGUUGAAAAUCGAUUUAGAUUCAGAUGAAUCAGAUACUUCAUCGGCGCCCACAACCUGGUACGAGAAGAAUAAAGAUAAAUACUUCGAUACAAAUGUUUGUCAAGCACAAGGCAUCACCAUCAACCAAUACAUUCCAAAAUCGGUCAUCGCAGAUUUGGAACAAAAAUUCAACGAGGCCAAGUGUAAAUACCUCAGUGCUUUAUCAUCUUUACCCAAAAAUAUCGGUCCUAUAAUUCAAGAAUACGACGCUUCCACCCUCGUUUACGAUAUUGUAAUCGUAGGAACUGGACCAGGCUGCCUAGGAGCGUUAAAAGAAUUCGCUCGACUGGGUAAAAAAAUCCUGCUGCUGGAUCAAGGUUAUAUGCCUCCUCAAAAAUGUACCAGUUUGUAUUCCAGACCAAGCAUGUUAAAUUCCCAAUACGUGAUCGCGUUAAAGGCCUCGGCUCCUAAUUGCGACGUACCCAAGAUCUUAUUCACUCCUAAUGUGGUCGGAGGUGUCACCAGUUACGAUUCGAAUACUUGGGAUAAAGGAUCAGCCAAGAAGUUCCAAAAAUGGGGCACAAUUUCCAAGAAAUGGACUUGGCAAGAAGUUACCAAAUAUUACAAACAUAUCGAACACGUUGAAACCAGCACACAGACAACCAAAACCGAAACCCAAACUGUAACCAAUGAUAAUGGAGUUAUUAGGAUUUCAAACUCCUGCUCUGAGACCACUGUGACCAAACAAGUUCGUACAGCUUUUACCGAAGUAGGAAUUCAUAAGGAAACGAAAACAUACAACGAGAGAUUAGCAGGGUUCAGUUUGGUUCCAGCAAUCGCCAAAGAAAAUAAAACCGUUUUACUGGCUCAAGAAAUAUUAGAUUUUAUCCAAAAAGAAGACGACGUCGAUCUAGCACUGAGAUGUCGAUCCAAGAAGAUCAUUUUCGACAAAACUAAAGCCACAGGAAUUAAAAUAAUCAGCCCAUCGGGAGAAGAAGUCGAUAUUAAAAUCCGAGAAGAGUUGAUUCUCAGUAACGGACCCAUUGACUCGAUUAAAUUACUCGCCCAUUCUGGUCUUGGAGAAAAACGUCUGCUGGAAAGUCUCGGCAUACCAGUCCAAGUCGAUCUUCCAUUUUUAGGCAACGAUUUCACAGUCAACCCGAUUUUCUUCGGUUUAUGUAUCAAAUUCCCCUCCGGGGCAUUGGUAUCCGAAAGCGAAGACGACUUCUCAGGAAUGGAGUACAUGCUAGGAAAUGAGAAAAUACCUUCCGGAUUAGCUCUGACUUAUUACAAAGCAUACUUGCAGAUUUUCGACGACGAGCCCGACGUGCUCGUGAAUUUCUACCUGUUUUCCGAAAACAUGUCCAAAAGGCUGGAAAACUACGUGAGAGGGUUUUUCCAAUUCACCGACGAUGUCGAGAACUUCAUUAUCGACUUGUGUCAAAAAUACGAUUUAUUAUUCCUCGCACCUCAGCUUUUAAACGUAGAAAGCAGAGGUAUCGUUACAAUCGAUAGCGCCGAUUUCGACGCCCCUCCAGUCAUCAAUACUGGAAUGUAUAGUCAACUAAAUGACCUCCGUACCAUGCUACGAGCCAUCGAAGUCAUUCAAACCGUAUCCGAAACCCAAGCCUUUAAAUCAUUAAAAGGCGAAUUGAUCCAAAUACCUGUCAAUAGCUGCGGUAAAUGCGAAUUUACUGAAAAAUUCAAUAAAUGCGCCUUGUACUAUUUAUCAGUACCAAAUCUGCAUCCAUCCGGUGGUACCAUUAUGGGCAAAAGUGUCACCACUUCGGUUGUCAAUGACGAUCUCAUUGUUCAUGGCACUGAUAACGUCAGAUGUUUCGGAGCUUCGGUUAUUCCAUUUGGAGAUGGUUCUGACAGUUCAGCGUCCGGAUGCAUGAUUGGUAAUUAUGGAGCUACUAUAAUCGCAGAAAAAUAUAAAAACGUGAAAACUAAAGUCGAUGUUACGACGAGUAAAAAAGUAUCGUUCUGAGUCCGAGGAUUUUGCGGUGAAAAAUGAACGAGAAUGGGUUUUAUUCUAACAGAUGAAUGAAUUUUAUACGAGUAUGUGUAUACAGAGUUUCAUUUUUCUCGCUUUUAUUUCGAAACUAUAUUUGUAUUUGCUUGGGUUCUUUUGAAUAUCAAGUCGCAUGCAUUAAUGUCAUAACAAGCUAUUCAUCAUACUAGGUUGUACCUAUUCUUAUAUGUAGGUAUAUUACUUACGUACUCCGAGUGUAGCUUACUUUACAUACCUACAUGUUUACCUUGCUAGAUUGUGAGGAUAUCAUUAUCUUUGUAUUACCUACCUACUCAAUAUUCUUGUAAACUUGUUACGAUAUUUUUAAAAUUUUAUUAUUCGCAUUUGUAUCCUUUAUACAUUUAUUUUACUUUUUUUACUCGUAUUUUGUACAAUUUCGUUAUUAAAAAUGAUUAUCUACUCUA